AUGCAGGCGGACGUUCACUUCGAGGAGCAGUUUGCUCCAAAGCUCUUGCAAAGUCCACGGGUACGAUGCUUCGCGCUUCGCCUGGCCACCCCUCCAAAGUUCGAGGGGCCACCCGUGCUGGGCAUGGACAUGUGGCUGCUGGGCAUUUGUCUACCGGCAGCUUGCAAUGCAACAGCCUUGGGUGCAUCGGCGGCUGAACUGUUUCGAUCGGUGCCGUUGUCCACGGUCACUGGUAACAGGGCGCAUCAUAUAGACGAGUUGUCCGGCAUCCAGGUCGAGGAGCUAGUGCAUUGGAGCGAGUUGAAGAUCAACUUCGGCAUUAUCGGCCCUCCCAACGCUGGCACUUCCUCCCUCCACCGGAGCUUGCAAGAGCUGGGUGCGCACUUCCUUGGUGGUGCGGAUGAGAUGCCUUUACCCGUCUCCUGGCUGCGAAGCGAGGAAUCUUGGCAAUGGCGGUGCACGGCGCCUCUGCUGCCACCUGCUGGCUGGGCCAAGGGCCUGGGAGUCCUACGGCGGCGCGAGGUUGACGAUGACGGGGAGCCAAACGGGCUCGUGGCCUUCCGCAACCCGAAAAUCAUCUACAGCUCCAGCUGCUUGCGCAACCUCCUCCUCAUUCCAGGCCUCCAAAUCAUCGCCGUUUGGCGCGAUCCCGUCGACUGGCUCUGGAGCUCCCUUCACCGGAGCUUCGAAGGCUUCGAGGACGCAGAGGAGGAGAUCGCGAGGGCAUGGUCGAUUUUCGCAGAGUCCACGAAGGGAGAAGACCCGUCGACACUCCAGCCACUGCAGGAGCAAGGAGGUGGCAUGCUCGAGCUCAGCACCUGGCGCCUGGGUGUUCCCCUGUCCCUCGGUGCGGCGGCGCCCAGCCGGGCGCUAUGGAAGCUCCACGAAGCCGUGGGUCAGGAGCGACUUCUGGUUCUUCCGUUCAAAGAGCUCAUUUCGAAGCAGCUGUCCUGCUUUGACCAGCUGCUAGUCUUCCUGGGACUCCCAGCCUCAGCUGGCGAGCUCCUGCCCGCGAAUGUCCGCCGAAGGCGGACCCGCGCUGACCGCCGGGCGGAUGUUGCCUUGAAGAAUGAGACGUCUCGUCUGCAGGAGUUCUUCCGAUCGGAACGAGAGUCAGCCGCUGGACUGCUGGCCUGUGCGGCACGAGUUGCAGACCUAGGGCAGCUGCAGUUUGAAAUGCGGGGCUCGGGAACUUCAUGGUUGACUCUUUGUGCCUUGUGUGCUCAGGAUCAUUCUGUCUUUCUGGGAACGGCGGAAAGCUGUGACGAAGGACUGGAUUGGCUCGGUGUUCCGGAAGACACCAACAUCCGAGGGAGAGAAGGUCAGAUGCCGGUCGUGGCAGCUAGCAGCAUUGGCGGUUCAAGGGGGCGAGGUUUGUUCACCACUGCCCCGGGUCCCCCAGCUCCUGUUGAGCUGCUGCGUGACCGCUCUCUUGGAGUGGACGGUUUCCUGGAGGACGAUGAAGCGGAGAGGCAUUGCGACGAGAAGUCACCGGAGUCAGAGUUUAUGGUUUGCAUGGUCUUUGGCGGAAAGUUCGGAUAUCUUCGUGACGAAUACACCCCAGGGGAGCUGUGGGGCACCCUCCGCCCGCUGCACGAGACACUGCGCCAGUGGCUGGAAGAGGGGCGGUGCUCUCAGCACAUCACCUGGGAUGAGGACGAGCAGUGUUAUGCUUUGUCUGAGCCGUACAAAUCCUACGUGGCCUGGAACGACCCCUCGAAUUUGGCAGCCAUGGCAAAUGAUGCGUUGUACGGGUGCUGCAAAGACCAGGCCGAGUACAACGUGAAAGACGCUGAUCGGAACAACUUGGUGAUGGUCCCGUGCGCAAGACCCGCCGAGGAUGGCGUUCGGGUCGAGUUCAAAAGUAUGUUUCUUUACCCACGGAAAUCUUGGUGCUGGAGUGUCCCACAAGAGCUGACUUUGGGCUACGGCUUCGAGGAGCCAGACCAGGAGGAGCCAGCUGAUGGACGAUAG